UGCUCUGGGAGACUACAGUCACCGUUCACGCCUUCAUACCGUUCACUGUGGACAGCACAGACACAUGCAGUGUCCGGUUGCAGACCGGUCCCGACACAAUUCCCCUCUGCAGUCAGUCAAAUCUAUUUUUGGCUGGAGGCUCAGCUGAUUGUGGGCCUUAAAGAUUCAAGCCCUCCCUGAUUUUUUUUUCUUGUAGUCAGUUGUUCAGGCUUAUUAGGAAAAGAGGGAGUUGUCUAACAGCAGAGGAGCUUUGCUGCAUGUUAGGAUCAGCACUGAGGGAUGCAGCUCUCUGGGCUUUAACAGAACUUUUUGGGGCUGGGUCUUUCCUUUUAUUAUAGUCUGUUCAUCCCGGUGGGGGGCUGCUGUCACUGCUCUCCUCCUCGGCAGCUGUUACUAAACUUUCCAGGCUUACAAUCUCCAUCUUUGGCCUCUUAUUUAACCACAAUACCACUACUUUUACAUUCUGGACGGAUCCCACCAGAAUCAGAACUUCUAAACUAACUUAAGGUUUGUUUGAUCGGCGUCCUCCCGUUGAGUCCCGACGAGGAGGAUGGAGACGAGCCCCAUUCCGGUGCUGACGGUCCAAACCGCCCCCUUCGAUGACCAGCGGCCCGGUACCAAUGGACUGAGGAGGAAGACAGCGGUGUUUGAGGGGAAGAAGAACUACCUGCAGAACUACAUCCAGAGCGUGUUGUCCUCCAUCGACCUGCGGGACCGACAGGGCUGCACCAUGGUGGUGGGCAGCGACGGCCGCUACUUCAGCCGAGCUGCCACCGAGGUGAUAGUGCAGAUGGCAGCUGCCAAUGGGAUUGGUCGUCUGGUCAUUGGCCACAAUGGCCUCCUGUCCACCCCUGCUGUUUCCUGCAUCAUCAGAAAAAUUAAGGCCAUAGGUGGGAUCAUCCUCACAGCUAGUCACAACCCAGGAGGCCCUGGUGGAGACUUUGGGAUCAAGUUCAAUGUGGCAAAUGGAGGCCCGUCUCCGGACACAGUGAUGGAGAGGAUCCAUCAAGUGAGCCGGACGCUCGAGGAGUAUGCCAUCUGCCCCGACCUCCGCAUCGACCUGUCCAGGUUGGGAAGACAAGAAUUUGACUUGGAGAACAAGUUCAAACCAUUCAGAGUGGAGAUCGUAGACUCAGUUGAGGUAUAUCUACAACUGCUGCGGAACAUCUUUGACUUCAAUGCCAUUAAAAGUCUUCUCACUGGACCAGAUCAACUCAAGAUACACAUAGAUGCCAUGAAUGGAGUGAUGGGCCCCUAUGUACGUAGGAUCCUCUGUGAUGAGUUGGGAGCUCCUGCUAACUCUGCUGUCAACUGUGUCCCUCUGGAGGACUUUGGUGGCCGACCUCCAGAGCCCAACCUGAUCUACGCCACCUCUCUGGUAGAUGCCAUGAAAGGAGGCGACUUCGGCUUUGGAGCUGCAUUUGAUGCAGAUGGGGACCGGUACAUGAUUCUUGGAGAAAACGGCUUCUUUGUGAACCCGUCAGACUCAGUGGCCAUCAUGGCCGCCAACCUCGCCACCAUCCCCUACUUCAGACAGAUGGGAGUCAAGGGCUUUGCAAGGAGUAUGGCCACUAGCACCGCCCUUGACAGGGUGGCCAAAGCCAUGAAACUGGCACUCUAUGAGACUCCCACAGGCUGGAGGUACUUUGGGAACCUGAUGGAUUCUGGACGUUGUUCCCUCUGCGGGGAGGAGAGUUUUGGGACAGGUUCGGACCACAUUCGGGAGAAAGAUGGUUUGUGGUCGGUGUUGGUGUGGUUGUCCAUCGUGGCUGCUAGGAAACAAGGUGUGGAGCAGAUCGUCAGAGAACACUGGGCCAAGUUUGGACGGAACUACUACUGCAGGUUUGACUAUGAAGGCCUGGACCCACGUGCAGCCUUUUACCUGAUGAGGGAUCUGGAGGCAGUACUCGCAGACAAAGCUUUCACCAGCCAGAAGUUUGCUGUAGGAGACCACAUAUACAGCGUGGAGAAGGCCAACAACUUUGAGUACAUCGACCCCGUGGAUGGAACAGUCGCUCGAAACCAGGGUUUAAGGAUCAUCUUCAGUGAUGGAGCUCGUCUGGUGUUUCGGAUGAGUGGAAGCGGAGGAGGGAUGGGUGCCACCAUUCGCAUUUACGCAGAGAGUUUCGAGAGAGAUCCUGAGAGACACAACAGAGAGACACAGGUGGUGCUCGGUCCUCUCAUUGCCAUCGCCCUGAAGAUCUCCAACAUCCACGAGAGGACAGGACGCCGUGGCCCUAACGUCAUCACAUGAGCAGCCAGGAAAACACAUGCACACGCGCACACAUGCAUCUACUUGCUCACACAGAGAAAAAUAUCUUCAACAUACUCUUCCCGUGCUUAUCUGCCAAAAAAUCCCUUCUGUGCAGCUUCAUUUUUCAUUUUUCUUUUCAUGAUGAGUAAACUGAAGGUGCUUUAUCUCUUAAGAAGAAAAGUAAUGCUGUACACUGUUCUUGCAAUUGUUUAUUGACCACUAUCAUCUGUCAGCUGUUGAAAACUUCAAAUAUUAAGUGUCUGAACCAGGGAAGAUAUUUUAUUAUAGCCAUGGAUAAAUAAUGAAAAAUAUGUAACCAGCUGACAUAUUAUGAAUGUGCAGACUGACUGUUAAUGUUUGUGGCUUGCUUUUAUGAAGAUUUAUUGACUAAGGGAGCCUAAAAGUCUAAUUUUUUUUUCCACCAUGCUGUUUUUCUAAAACAGUGCAGUGUUCACUUUUGAUAUUGCUUGUACCUGUUCUCUCAUAAAUGACACUGUGUUCUUCUUUUUGUUCAUUUCAUGCUAAAGUUAUCCAACUGUUAGUGUUACUGUAAGUGUAAAAUAAAACAGGCCUUACAUCA